GCUCCGCGAGAACACGCAUGCGCACCGUGCCUCCCGCCAGUGAGCCGUCGUGUCUGUUGCCCUGUCAGAGCCGCUGGCUGCUUCCCGUCGGGCCGGGGAUGCGCUGCCUGGGGCAGGGGCUGGCCGGGCCCCCGGUGCUACUGCUGGGCGCGCGAGGGGGCGGGGGCGGCCCGGCAUGGAGGUGGAGGAGGCCUUCGCGCUGGUGGGGCAGAUGGGGCCCUACCAGGUGUAUCUGUGCGCGCUGCUGGCCGUGCUGCUGCAGCUCUAUGUAGCUACUGAAGCAAUCCUCAUUGCGCUAGUAGGGGCGACACCACCCUACCACUGGGACCUUGAAGAGCUCUCAGCUAAUCAAAGCCAUAGCAACCAGUCAACUAAUGAAGAGAGAGCCUUUGGGGAAUGGCUUCUGACAGCCAAUGGGAGUGAAGUUCAUAAGCAUGUGCACUUCAGCAGCAGCUUCACAUCAAUAGCUUCCGAGUGGUUUUUAAUUGGGAACACAUCGUACAAAGUCAGUGCUGCCAGUUCGUUUUUCUUCAGUGGUGUCUUUGUUGGAGUGAUCUCUUUUGGCCAGCUCUCAGAUCGCUUUGGGAGGAAAAAAGUCUAUCUCACAGGUUUUGCCCUUGACAUCCUGUUUGCCAUUGCAAAUGGAUUCUCCCCCUCAUACGAGUUCUUUGCAGUCUCUCGCUUCUUGGUGGGGGUGAUGAAUGGAGGGAUGUCUCUGGUGGCCUUUGUUCUACUGAAUGAAUGUGUGGGCACUGCCUAUUGGGCAUUGGCAGGAUCGAUCGGUGGCCUAUUCUUUGCAGUGGGAAUUGCCCAGUAUGCUAUGUUAGGGUACUUCAUUCGCUCCUGGAGGACUCUGGCAGUUGUGGUUAACUUGGAGGGAACAGUAGUCUUUCUCCUCUCUCUAUUCAUUCCUGAAUCCCCCCGCUGGUUAUACUCACAAGGUCGGCUGAGAGAAGCAGAAAAUGCCCUCUAUCUCAUUGCAAAGAGGAACUGCAAGCAGAAAUGUACUUUUUCACUAAAGCUCCCAGCUGACAGGAGUCACAGAGAGACCAGCAGUUUCUUGGACCUAUUCCGAUACAAGAUCCUUUUGGGGCGCACUUUGAUCAUGAUGUUCAUCUGGUUUGUGUGCAGCUUGGUAUACUAUGGUCUGACUCUCAAUGCAGGUGACUUAGGUGGAAGUAUUUAUGCCAACUUGGCUCUCUCUGGGCUGAUAGAGAUACCUGCCUACCCAAUCUGUAUCUACUUGAUUAACCAAAAAUGGUUUGGCCGAAAACGAACAUUGGCAGCAUUCCUGUUCCUGGGAGGACUGGCCUGUCUUAUUGUCAUGUUUCUUCCGGAAAAGAAAGCCACAGGAGUGUUUGCAGUUGUGAACAGCCGUUCUUUGUCUUUACUGGGGAAACUGACAAUCAGUGCAGCAUUUAACAUUGUUUAUAUCUACACGUCAGAGCUUUAUCCUACAGUGAUCAGGAACGUUGGAAUGGGUUCCUGCUCCAUGUUUUCCCGGGUUGGUGGGAUUAUUGCUCCCUUCAUCCCUUCACUGAAAUCUGUGCAGUGGUCUCUGCCAUACAUCGUGUUUGGAGUGACUGGCCUGUUGUCGGGGCUCCUGAGUUUGUUAUUGCCAGAAACACUGAACAGCCCUUUGCUAGAGACGAUAUCAGACCUGCAGGUGUGCUCAUACUGGAGACUGGGGGACGAAGCUAUGUCAUUGCAAGCACUAGGUGGCUCACGGUCUUUAGGAACACGCUUCUCCAGAUAUACAUCUGAUUUGAAUCCAGAUAAAACAAAAGGAGCCAGAUUCAUGUCUGCAGAGACGCUGUCUACUUCAGUGAAGUUACACCCAGGAUGGCCUCUGACACCUCGUGCUUUUUUUUUUUUUUGUAAGACAAUCGCAGUCUGCAGAUAAAGAUAACUCUGCAGGGAGUGAAAGUGAAGAUGAAGAAUUCUAUGAUGCUGAUGAAGAGACCCAAAUGCUCAAGUAACAAGAGGAAGCUUUCCUUUUUAUGCCUUUUUUUUUUUUUUUUAAACUUGUCCAGCCAGGUCCACCUGUAAGAAUAAAACUGGAACUUUUUGCGGGUGAAUUAUAACAGGGCAAGUGCCUCUGCCUUUCCAGCAUUGGGAGAGGAAUUAGAGUAUUAUUCAGAUGCAUUACAGUGGCUUGACUGGUGACCACUGCUGAUAUUUCUUUUUUUUUUUUUCUUCUUUUUUUUCCUUACUCAUGAAAACCAUUCAAAUGUCUGUGGCUCAGACUUAUGAUUGCAGGCUAGGUUUGAGGCCAAAGAUGAUCGGGAGGGAUUUGAGGUAUUUCUGAAACUUGAACUUGAGAACUGAUACAACUUGCAGACUUCCGCUGCAUGUGUUUGUGUUUUUCCUUCAAGGUGGGCUCAUGUUGAUUUUGAAGCAGCUGAAAUCCAUAAACUUGAAAGGUUUCAACUAGGCUUCUUCAGAUGGAUGAAAUCUAAAGAGUUAAACAUGGGACACAGAAGAUACUAUAGGCCAGUAUGAUGGGAACAAAUUCCUGAAAUCCUCUCAAGUAACCUACAGCACACUGGAAAGAAUGAACUAUGGAAUCUCUACCAGAUCUGGAUCCGCUCACUGGAAUGGAAUUUCAUACCUCAAGUGCUUAGAGAACACUAACAAAAGAUAGCUGUACUCAUUGAUGUUGUAGGGUGGAUGUCUAGAGGGACCAUUGAAGGUUGGAGGGACCAACUAAUAGGAAUGGGCAGAGGGAUUGAAGUAAAACAAAAUCCCCAUUAUUGCUGAUCUCUUCUCCCCAUAUCUGUCUCCUCCACCCAGCCCUCGCACCUCCCAAAACAACUUCCUUUUUUUCCCUUUUAUUUUGGUUCUUUCUCACACAGGUUUGUCAUGACAAUCUGUAAAUCUCAGGAUGGCACUGAAUUUCUGUUGCAUAUUCUGUUUUUCUGAUUUUGUUUUUCUCACUUUGCCAUGUAAACUGAGGGACUUGUUUUUCCAUGGCAUAGAGUGAAUGUCUUAUGGAAGGUAAUUUUACUUAGCAAUGUUUUGCAUUAUUGUGGGCUAUCCAUGAUUGUGGCUAUGGAGGAAAAAUGAGAUCUGCAGUGGUACAGAGUACUGAAAUUGCCUGUGCAGGCUGCUGCUCGUGUCUUGGGGAUCAUUACAAGAGGAUGCUAGUAUUUAUUUUAAAUUUCUGUAUGUAGAUAAAGUUCUUUGGAAGUUUCUUGAGCCCACAUUCAAUUCGUUACUUGACCUUGCUGAGGGAGAACUGUAUUCUUUUGUUUACACUAAACUUUUUUUUUUUAAGUAUACUGAAAUAGAAGGAUGUUGAGUGUUGAAGUUUUGCCAACUAAUAGAUGCGGCCUUUGGGAAUGGAUUCAAUAUUCCUAGCUCUUACUGUUGACUUCUAUAUAAUUUUUUGCAGUUUAUGGGAUCAAAUUUCAUAUUAAAAGUGUAAAGGUAGCUAGUUAUUCUGUUGGAAAAUAAUACAUGGAUCAAAUGAUUGGGGAGAAGGUUGUUUACUGAACAUAUUCCAGAGUCAGAGCAAAAAACUGAGUUAUUCCGGAAGGAAGGAGAAGAUCGGAUCUGAAACUUACAGCAGGCUAUCUAAACUUUGUCCGGUCAAGAGCUGCAAAGGCAACUUUCUAGGAGCCCAAGAGUUGUAUCUCUGUUACCUGAGUGGAAUUUAGUGCUGCCAUCUUCAUCUUCAGUGCAGAGGGGAAGCCCACAAGACUACAUGUUCUAGCAUGCUGUACUCCAUCUUGAGCUGAACAGAUUGAUACAGUGCUAUGAGCACAACCGUGAGCUGUAGUGGGGCUCAGUAGUCUCUGCAGGUAGCACAUCAGUAGGGAAGAUAAAGAGGACUACUGGCUGCAUUGUAGACAACAGUGGGACAUAUUUGACCAGCAGCCCACGCUUUGAUAUCUCCUGACUCUUGCACAGCUCUUGUGGAUGUGAUAGCAAAAUUAAUAGAACUUUUUAAAUCAGCCUUAUUUAUACAUAGGAAAAUAAAUGACUGAGUGGAGUUCUUGGAGUUAUAAUUAA